UAGCACUCGACCACAGCGUGCACUCGACCAUGGUCUCCGACCUUCCGCCAUACGCCAACUCGAAGACUACCGUUCGGUAUGACGGAGACGUACAAGAUGCUCGUCAAGUAGAUGGGAAAAUCUGGUUUGCUGUUGAUGGACAAGCAAUCCUCACGCGAGAGCAACAGACGCGGGGUAUCUCGAAACUCAGGCCGGCGCCGGGUACGACCGCCCAUACCAUGGCAUCAGCUCACGUCAUUGUUGGCGGGCCACAACUUAGCAGCAGCUAUGAUGCCGAUCCAGCAGGCGGAGGAACUGCAUCUGGACUGUUAUCUCCCGAAUCCGCUCUGCUCAUCAAAGCAGCGCAAGUCAGCCAAACCUUCGCUGCGGUGACGGCGCUGCCACCGGGCAUCCAUGUAAUGUGUUACGUGCCGCCUUCAACUGACGACGCUGACGAGAAGCCGGCAGCUGGUGACGCUGGCGGGAAACCGGCAGCAACGGCCGGUGAUUGGUCCGCCCUGUGGCGCGACAUCCGGUUCAGUACCGGUGAGGCGGAAGAAGGCAAGCGAUUGGCAUGGCAAGCACCGUGCCUGAGCCUGCUGGGCGAUGCGACAAGCUUCCUCGCAUCCGCGGCGAUCUCGUCCCUCACUGACAGCACACCGCGUGGGGGGUGGGCCCUUGUGCCGUGCGCAUCAUCCAGUAACUUGGUCUGCGAGUUGGCGAGCGGCGGGGCAAAAGGAGAUGGCGGGAAGGUGGCGUGGUUGCAUCUUGCGGAGGACGCGCAGGCUUCUGGUACCGGUGUCGCCGUGGCCGACAGUCUUCUUCUCACGUCCGAUGGUAAUCAAGAGUUGUCCUACGCGUCAGUCUCGGCACGCAGCCUAGGCGACGCCGAGGUGGAGGUAGUCUCGGAGGCCCAUCGCGUCUUGCCCGGCGGCGUUCUCUCCGGCUACGACUUGAGCGUCGCGCCACCGAACAACGCACUCAUAGGGAACGAUAAGUCUUCAGACGGAGAACCUGAUAGGGGAAGGCCGAAGAACGUGGACGAGGCUGCUGUGUUUGUGGACCACUCCACGGCCCCGGUCGACGUCGUCGGACAACGCUGGCGAGGGGAUGUUGCGGUGGUGGGGCUCCCGGGAGGGGGGCUACACAGACAUGUGAGAGUCAAGUUUGACGCGAGGUGCACAGGGAACGCUUGCGAGGGUCUCUCGGAAAGAGGGGAAUCGCAAGAUAGCGACGCCUCGGAGUGGUGCGAGGUGUUGCUUGCGCAGCACGUCCCGCAAGGAGCUUAUAUCGACGUUGACGAGGUCAAGGCACGCCACGAUUUCGACGUUCUUUCUUCGCCCCCGGUAGGGCGGAGAGUAGGCGUGGAGACCUUUGAGGGCGGGCCGAUCGAUGUCGAGCUACCCUCGUCGGUCUCGGGCCAGCAUCUCGUCAACUUCAACCUGUGGGUCGACAUGUCCGAGAGAGAUCGCGGUCGCGAAGGAGAGGCCAGAAGCAUCCAAGCAGAUUUGACACUGCCCGUGCACCUCAGGUACCCAGACCCGGGUUGCGAGCGACGCGGAGAGGAGUGCGAAGGGUACGCGUGGGUGGAGGUGCCUCCGCCACUAGCCAGCAUCCGAUGUGGAAGCGCUGGCAACAUGGGGCAAUUUUUUCCCGUGCUUCCGGCAAGACCGCCAGUCGGGGUUGCGCUUCGAGUGCCUCGAGGAAUUGCUUGGCACAGAGAUUUGGUCAUGAUGGGCACGACAGGGGCGGCGGCGCUGGGGUGUUUGUACACGAUAUACACUCUGUUGGUUGUGGUGCCAACAGGCAAGGCUCGAGGCUCCGAUCGAAAAAGUCGCUAG